AUGGCACGUUUCGAAGUCUUUGCAGAACGCCAGCCGUGGGAGGAGCAACAAGCUCCCUCACCGACCGACGAGCAGUUUGAACCGACACCGUUGACUCUGGCGCUGUCACGAACACGUUCACCACCGUCUUCGCACCAGCAGCCUCCAUCACCCACGUCGCCAAAGCUCACCCGUCAACUUUCCGGUGACCCGACUUCCCCCCCUCCUGCGUGGCAACGACGUCCUUCCGUCGGCCACCGUAGCGUUCGAUCCAACAGUUCCCAGGACUCAUCCAUCGCUGGCUCACCACCACCGUUCAACACUUCCCCGCCUCUUCACAACCAGCGCCGCCCCCCGCCAAAUCUUACCAUGACACGUGCUGGUGUUGCGCAGCGUCUGAUGCGUGAAAACGAGGCCCCACCGAUGCGUGGAGGCUACAAUCGUGGACCGCCUCCCGGAUCGUUUCCUCAACCUGGCGCUGCACGCCGCAGUCGCGCAGCAACCGGCGGCUCGAACCGAUCAUCUCUUGUCAGCCAGGACGGACUGACCGGUGAGGAGCUCUGGGCCCUUGAGGACGACACACCCGACAUGAGCAACCCUCUUCGCCCCUCGGCCGAACGACCCCUCGACACCAUUCACCGAAUGAGCCGAAGCUUUGACCAGCCAAUGUACCCCAUGGGCGCCGAGGUUCUUUGGCCGACCGCACCGGAAGACGAAGAGUACAUGCAGCAGUCACCGCUGCACAGCAAGUCGAUGAGCAACGUUGCCGGCGUCGGCGUGAAGAAGAAGAGGAGUAUGCUCUCCAAGAAGCCUUCGCGUGGGUCUGGUAUCGACGUGGGACCGUACCCGCAGAGUGCAAAGGAGGUGGUGCUCUCGUCGGCCCACUCGUCAACAACCUCGCUUUCCUUCCCCAUGAACAAGUCGCAGCAGUCGUUGUCGCGCCCACCAUCCAUGGCCUACUCGCUGGACCUGCUCAACACGCUUGCCCCGCGUGAAGGUGGUUACGCCAUUGCCGCGCAGCUCGGUUCCUCGCCAUACAGUCCAUCAAGCCCCCACGGCUCUGCCCAUGCCUCCCCUCCCAACAGUUUCCGUGGAUCCCGUGGUCCCCCCGCCAAGAGCUCCGGCAUGCGCUGGAGUGUAGGCGGCGAGGAGUUUACUCCUCCCAUGCUUCCUCCACAGCCCGGACGCCUGUCGCCGUCGACCACCAUCUCCAACCUGUCGACUUACACCGACGACGGCGACGGCGGCUCGUCAUCCGGACCAUCCUCACCCCACCUCUCCGCGGUCCAGGCAACGCUCCCUGUCGCGCCCAGCCCUCUCAGCCAGCAGACCACGGCCGCCGAGAUUGACCGUGGUCACCCUUCGCCUUACCCCAUGGCAGCAGUGGAGAUGCCUGUGGCAGCAGCAGCAGCAGCAACAGCAGCAGCCGUCGCGGUUUCCACCAAGCCCAAGUCCAAGAAGGAGCGCAAGGCAGAGGAGAAGGCGGCUGAAAAGGCGGCCAAGGUUGAGGCUAAGCGUGCUGCGGAAACUGCCGCUCGUGAAAAGGUCGAGGCGGCACGCAAGGCCAAAGAGGACAAGGCCGCUGGCAAGGCCGCUGCUAUUCGCAAGGCCCAGGAGGACAAGGUCGCUGCUGCUCGCAAGGCUCAGGAGGACAAGGCUGCAUCUGCCCGCAAGGUGCAGGACGACAAGGUUGCCGCUACCCGCAGGGCGGCGGAGCAAAAAGAGGCGGCCCGCCUCGCCGCACAGACCAAGUCGGCGUCCAAGCUGGAGUCGCCUCGCAAGGACGAGCGUGGCCGCACCAAGUCUUCCGGGUCGGGUAUCGGCCGCAGGAUGUCUGGUUUGUUCGGCGCCAAGCCGUCAGCGGCCGAGAUUGCAGCUGGUGCGACCGUCACCGCUGCAACUGCCACCACUGCCGUGGUCUCCAACCGUUCCAACAGUCCCGCUGGUGCCUCGGCAUCUCCCGUUCGCGCCCCCGCCCAGCAGCACCAGCAGCAGGUGCCGCCGCCUCCUCAUCCCUUCCCUGUACAGCGCCCUGCACCCCCUGCACAGCUCUCGGCCACCGCUGUUGCUCCCAUGCACCAGCAGACUCGUGCUUCCACAAUCGCCGCUGUUGCCCCCCAGCAGCAGCAGCAGCAGCAGCAGCCGCCGAUCCCCAGGAUUGCCCAGCAGCCGCCCUCGCCUCCUCGCCAGACACACCCAGCAGGUCCCCGUCAACCGUCGUCGAGCCCUUCGCGGCGCCAGGCUUCAAACGGCCCCAUUGUCAUUCCUCCUCGCGGGGCCAGCAUGGCCAAGACGGCGCCUGCCCCGGCCCCUCAGGCCCCCCAGGGCGCGAUGAUGAGCACUCCUUCGCUUGCUCACACGGAAAAGCGCGGCAAGUCGCCCUCGACUCUGAGCGCUGCGCCGUCGCACGCCUCUGCCUCGUCUGGCGGUUCGGGUUCUGCCUCGUCCAAGAAGGGUCUCUUCAGCGGACUCAAGAAGCGUUUCUCCAUUGCCUCGAUGGAGACUGCCCCCACUGCUCCCCCUCGCCAGCGCCCGGCCUCGUUUGCCGCUUCGGCCUCGCAGCCCACGGAGAAGAGCCUGCCUAACGUUCCCCCGAUGCCAGCUCCUCGUCCUGUUAUCCAGACCCCGGCCCCGCAGCCUCCUGCCAAGGCCCCCGUUACCCCGGUUCGCGCAGCUCCCGUUCUGGCCCAGCCCAAGACGGCGUCCCCGCCUCCUGCUCAGCGCGCUGUCAACAUCCCCCCACCGGUCAUUGUCCCUCCUCGUGGCUCGUCCAUGGCCAUGCUCCAGGCUGCUGGUCUGAGCCCCAUUCUCUCGUCGCCCGUCCCACCACAGACCGCGCGGGACGCCGCGUCCAUCUCGAACCCGUCGUCGGUCGUCGUGACGCCCACCACCAGUGUGACCACCACAGAGGCCAACUCUCUGUUCGACCGCCCUACGCCUCCUUUUCGCGACCGCUCGGGCUCGACCACCAGCGCAACCGGCUCGCAGGUGACCGACCCGAGCUCGUCCUCGACGCCUCUGACCGACGAUGAGGCGCACGACAUGCCGGCCUCCAAGCUCGCGCUCGACGCAAAGGGCAUGCCCGACAUGGCUGCACCCCAGGCGGUCGCUGCGCACUAG